CAAACGGUCCAGCGUAUUACACCUCGACGUGCUCGGCUCUUCACUUCACCGAUAGGAUUCGCCGCCGCGCCGCCCAGGCUCGCCGCCGCAUCGUCCGUAAUCCGCCCUGCGGCUGCGGGAGCACAGACCUCGCCAAAACAUCCGUCCGGGGUCCCAGCUGCCGGCCUUGUCGAUCCCCACCAAAACAUCUCUCGCCGCCGCCACGCUCCACCUCCAAGGCAGGAUGCGCUGCCUCCGCCCCGCGGGCGCGGCCGCCCACCUGCUCCGCUCCGCGAGGAGCUGCCCCGAAAAGCACGCUCGCAUGGCCCUCGAACAGAUGACUCCGCCGCCUGCUGCCUUCCCGUGUCGCGCGCGCGCCCACCACCUGCUCGGAGGAAUGCGCGGCCAGUGGCUCUGCACGGCGGCGGGCCCCACCGGCGCGCACAACCUCUCCGUGGACCAGCACUUCACCGUGGUCCCCGGACCGGGCCCCGAUGUCUCCAAGGCGGCGGGGCUCACCGGCGCCCACGAUCUCGCCGUGGACCAGGACUUCACUGUGGUGCCCGGCCCGGGCCUCGACGUCUCCGAGGAGGCGGAGAGGGUCUGCCGCGUGCUGUCCACCCUGCCGGAGCCGAGGGUGCCGGCGGCCCUCGACGCGCUCGGAGCCUCCGUGUCGCCCCAGCUGGUGGCGGAGGUGCUCAAGAACCUGAGCAACGCCGGCAUCCUCGCCCUCGCCUUCUUCCGGUGGGCGGAGAGGCAGCAGGGCUUCGUGUACACGGCCGACAGCUUCCACAACCUGAUCGAAGCGCUCGGUAAGAUUAGGCAGUUCAGGCUGGUUUGGAGCCUGGUGGAGGCCAUGCGGUGCCGCGGCUUGCUUUCCAAGGACACGUUCAGGCUCAUCGUCAGGAGGUACGCCCGGGCAAGAAAGGUCAAGGAAGCCGUCGAGACGUUUGAGAAGAUGGCCGGUUUUGGGCUCAAAGCAGACUUGUCAGAUUACAACUGGUUGAUCGACGUCCUGAGCAAAUCCAAGCAAGUCAAGAAGGCGCAUGCCAUCUUCAAGGAGAUGAAGAGGAAUGGAAGGUUUGUUCCUGAUUUGAAGACCUACACCGUCCUCAUGGAAGGCUGGGGCCAUGAGAAGGACUUGCUGAUGCUCAAGUCGGUGUACCAAGAAAUGCUAGAUGCAGGCCUGCAGCCUGAUGUCGUGGCAUACGGGAUGCUCAUUAGUUCCUUUUGCAAGUCUGGCAAAUGUGACGAGGCCAUCAAGGUGUUCCGUGAGAUGGAAACCAAUGGUUGCAUGCCAAGCCCUCAUGUGUAUUGUAUGCUUAUCAAUGGGCUUGGUUCAGAGGAGAGGCUUGAUGAGGCUUUGAAGUAUUUCGAGCUUUCUAAGGCCAGUGGGUUUCCCAUGGAGGUACCUACAUGCAAUGCAGUUGUUGGGGCUUACUGCAGAUCCUCAAAAUUCCAGCAUGCCUUCAAGAUGGUUGAUGAGAUGAGAAAGAGUGGAAUUGGUCCGAAUUCCCGGACUUAUGAUAUUAUUCUUCACCAUCUUAUAAAGUCUCAGAAGAUAGAAGAGGCUUAUAAUGUUUUCCAGGGAAUGAGCAAGGAUGGCUGUGAACCUCAGCUCAAUACAUAUACAAUGAUGGUUGGUAUGUUCUGCAGUAAUGAAAGGGUUGAUGUGGCCUUGAAGGUGUGGAACCAAAUGAAGGAGAAGGGUGUUCUACCAUGCAUGCACAUGUUUUCCGCAUUGAUCAACGGGUUAUGCUUUGAGAACAGGUUGGAAGAAGCUUGUGCAUAUUUCCAGGAGAUGUUGGACAGAGGGAUUAGGCCACCUGGUCAGCUUUUCAGUAAUUUGAAGGAAGCUCUUAUUGAGGGAGGAAGAAUUAGUCUGGCACAGGAGAUGGCUUUGAAGUUGGAUGAAUUACGGAAAACACCUAUGCGUCGUUGAGGAAUCAUGCAAAUGAUUUGCAGCGCAGCAUAUGGCUUUUGGCUAUUAGAAAACAGUGUAGCUCAAUCAAAUUGUAGUAACAACGAGAACUUCAGAAGUGCUGAUCUUCAACAUUAACAUUUACUUUCAAUUUUAUAAUGUUUUAUGAAGGCCAAUUUAGUUUCAGUAGCAUCAAUAUAUGAUCAGGGACUUGCCUAGUUAAA